UUUGGAGGGAUAAAAUAAAACACAGAAAAACAGAGGAAGGAGAAAAAGAAAGACGAGAUCAAGUCGGCCGUAAUUGUUGGAUCCGCGACUCGACUAACAGGGUGCAAUGAACUGCGACGAUAGCCUGCACAUCAUCUCUCCUUUGAGAGACAGCGUCCCCUUGUCCAAGUUAGCCAAGACCAGAGUGUUCCUCAAGCUGGACAACUCCCAGCCGACGGGCUCAUUCAAGAUUCGGGGCAUUGGGCACCUGUGCAAGACCUGGGCGAUGAGAGGAUGCAAACACUUUGUGUGCUCAUCAGGAGGCAAUGCCGGGUUGGCAGCAGCAUACUCUGCGAGGAAACUGGGGAUACCGGCAACCAUCCUCGUUCCCACCAGCACUCCAUCCUUCACCGUUCAACGCCUGAGAGACGAGGGAGCCACGGUUUCUGUGGUGGGAGAGAUCCUGGAUGAGACUAUUGAGCAUGCCAUGAGAAUGGCGGAGAACAACCCCGGCUGGGUGUACAUCCCACCUUUUGAUGACCCUCUCAUCUGGGAAGGCCACACCACAAUUGUCAAAGAACUGAAGGAAUUGAUGGAGGCCAAGCCAGGGGCCAUCAUCCUGUCCGUGGGAGGCGGCGGCAUGCUCUGCGGGGUCGUGCAGGGCUUAAGAGAAGUCGGCUGGCAUGAGGUGCCCAUCAUCGCCAUGGAAACAAAGGGUGCCCACAGCCUCAACGCAGCCGUGCAGGCCGGAGAACUCGUCACUCUUCCCGAGAUCACCAGCGUUGCCAAGACCCUGGGAGCUAAACGGGUGGGUGCACAGACACUUAAAGUGGCUAAGGAGCACCCAGUUUUUUCUGAGGUGGUGACAGAUCAGGAUGCUGUGAUGGCCAUUGAACGGUUUGUUGAUGACGAGAAGAUUUUAGUGGAACCAGCAUGUGGCGCUGCGCUGGCAGCCGUCUACAAUAAUGUGGUCCAUAAGCUGCAGGAAGAAGGCAAGCUUAGUCGGGACCUUUCAUCUGUCGUCAUUGUGGUGUGUGGGGGCAACAACAUCACCCUGGGUCAACUGCAGAGACUGAAGGAGCAGCUGGGACUUCCUAACACCAUUGCCGCCUAACUCACAAAACGGACACUGUGUGUGGCCAUAGCGGAAAGAAUUCAGGAGAACCAAAUCUACAAUUACAAUUCACACCAAAUACAAGAUGAGGGGUAAAAACUAACAAAGAAACUUAGUGACACAAGGAAACUGUGAGGCGCCAUAGUGGCCGAGGUUUGUUAAAAUAAAUGCUGAAAUUCAGAGUCCUGAGGAAAAUACGGCAAGACACAAUAUCAUCAUGCACUCCGCAGAGGACAACAGGGUGUUCAAGAACUGCUGAAUUCCACUCAAACAGGAAGCACACACAAAUAUUUUUAAACAAUCAAUUUACCCGUUUUCCUUUUCGGAUGAAUAUCAACAUGUAACACACAUACAGUACAACCUUAAAAGUUCUGUAAGCAAAUCUAUUUGACCAAGAAUUAAGCAAAAACUUGAACUAACAGAUAAAAACUACAUAAAUUUUAAAAUAUGAAUGCAAAAGAGAAAUUGGCCUCUACCUACUUCCUUUGCUUCUUCAAAAGAGAUUCCUGUCAUUUUGGAGACUGCCCCAAGGUAGAACAUUUGUAAUAUAGAAAAAUAACACAUCGCAAGGAGAACAUGAUGUCUGUAGUGCAUGACAGUUAGUCGAUUCAUUGAGAGAUAGUACUAACUUUACUAUUUUAACCCAUUAGCUUUAGUCGUUCAGUUCAGUUUCAAAUUGUGUUGCUUUUCUCUGUUUUUUGUUUUUAGUUUAGCGGAUGUGGGGUUUGCUGAAGUAAUGUAGACAUUUAAACCUUCUGUAAAGGCCCUACCCCACCAGGGAAGGUCCAAAUGGCGAGCAUUCUCUUUAUACGUUUAUCUGGCUCAUUGGGACGGACCAUCAGCACUACACUUCUAUGCAAAGAUAUAACUAAAAUAAAUGACAAAUCUCAAUGUACUUAAACCCAUCUUGCAAUCGUGAGGUGGAUUAUACAUCAAUUUCUAGAUAAAAAAUAAAAAAACAGCAAGCAACCUUGUUAUAAUUUCACAGGUGGUAAGAAUUCAUUAUGCGGAGACUGUACCACAAGAACCACAUUCCAAGCUGCCCACAUCAUUCCGAAAGUCUUCCGUCAAUUCUUUGUGGUAAUCCCCUACUCAAGUAGGACCCAAGAUACCUAAAAUUUCAAAUCCGACCAAUUCAAAUUUUUAAUUUACAAAAUGUACUCGAAAUUGCCUGCUGUUUUAUUUUUAUGUAUUUAAAAAAAAAUGACAUGUUCAACUGAGUGAAGCCUACUUUCUUAGCUUGGUGAUAAAGGGAAAUGUGCUCUUGACGAAGGUCACCAUUACAAAUGGCCACUGACCUUGCAAACACAGUGGUGUCUCCUGGCCAGUCGACUGGAGUUUGACUUAUUUGUUCUUCGUGUGUAUAUAAAGUUUUGUAAAGUAGCCUGUUAAUUUAUAGCUGUCGGCAAAUUAAAUGUUGAUCUUCAUGUUAUUAUGUUAAAGUUGUUCCUCUGAAGUUUAAAAUACUUUGUUAUUAAAAGAUAAAUAAAAAGUACACUUUUUUUCUCUA